AUGAAGCUGCUGUCCAUCGUGGCUGCCAUGUUGAUGUACCCGGUCCUCAGCAAGGAUGAAGUGCACCACCUUCGAGGAGAACAGGAACAAGCAAACCAGGAUGCCAUUGGAGUUCCCGAAAAGGAACUUGCGGACACCAAGGGCAGAGGCGAUGCACCGCAGGCAGAUGAAGUUGGAGUUCCAACGGAAGAGGUGAAGCCAAAUCCAGAAGACUCAGAAGAGCCAGAAGAGCCAGGGCCAUUGGAGGGCAAGUGGGAUGAGUUUGAUGAAGCUGAUGAAGAGCCGCUGGGUGAGUUCAUGCCACGGUCCUUUGUCGCGUAUCGUCCAUACCGUCCAUACCGUCCAUACCACCCUUACCACCCUUACUACCCUUACCCAAGGGGUGGUGGUUGUCGGAGGUGGGUGACCUGCUACCAUGGCUACUACAGGGGCAUUCGAUGCUCAGGCGGCCGAUACUGCACGCUUUGGCGCUGA